AUGGCUCCUAUCCUCCUCUCCAAUAAUAUCCGUACUCCCUUCAGAUACUUGAAUCGCAUCAUUCACCUUCGCAAGGGCAAGGACAAGGGCAAUACCAGAGCCCAGCCCGAUCUAUCAUCAGCCCUAACCCGACUCUUCGCCAAUUCUGAGGAUGACGAUGAGGAAUUGUCUAUCACCCACAUCACGGAGUCUACUUCCCAGAUAUGGGUCGAAGACCAAGAUCCAGCCCUCGCUACCUUACUCGCCGCACUCUCCUUUACCAUAACGACCAGCACAUCCGACAGCUCUACGCUUCUUCCACUUCUUGCUUCUGCCCUCGACAUCCUAUCCACCUACACUCAAAAUCACAAAGUCAAUACUCUUCCAAUCUAUACCGCCCUCUUGCGUCAUCUAGACACCUAUACCAGCUAUCUCAUCUGGGAUCAUGAGAUCCUUCUUACAGAUGCAGAAAUUAUCUUUACCGCCUCCAGUAUUCCAACCCCUAAACACCGGGACAACAUCAUCCUCCAGCUGGAAUCCGCAUAUGUCACGAACUACGAGACGUGCAAGACGCUACUAAAUCGCCUGAAUCAACUAGUUGAUAAUGAGCUGAUUGAACGUGCGGGUUGGAUAUUUCCUCGCCAAACUGGCUGGGUAGAAGCAAGGAGAGAGGUUAUAAGACUUGAAGAGACUUUGAGUGAAAUCAGAUGGGCUGGCAAUUUGAAGGAAGUCGAAUACGUCGAUUACUGA